CACACACACACACAGUUAGAGACGCUUCGUGAAGCAGUUUGAAACAGUAUAAAGAGAAACAGUGGAUUCCAGAUGGUCCUGGUGCCUGAGUGAAUCAGAGAGUCAGGGAAGUAAGAAGCACCACCAUGGCUGGCAUUUUUGGAGACGUCACAAAGAUCGACACGACUGGGGCAUCGGAAAAAACAGCCAAGCAGGAUAAACUCACUGUUAAAGGGGUGGAAGCCUCAAAUAAACUGGCUGAGCAUGAUCUGAAGAAGAUGGAGCAGUACAAGAGCAUCAUCACCAAAGUUGGCAGAGCUAAGCAGAUCGACCCAGCUGUGAUCGCAGGCAUUAUAUCCAGAGAGUCAAGAGCUGGAGCAAUUCUUGUGAAUGGCUGGGGAGACCACGGCAACGGUUUCGGACUCAUGCAGGUUGACAAGCGCCACCACACUCCAAAAGGAGCCUGGAACAGUGAGGAGCACGUCACCCAAGGCACCGAAAUUCUAAUAGAAUCCAUUAAAGCAAUUCAAAAGAAAUUCCCCAGCUGGUCCAAGGAGCAUCAGUUAAAAGGAGGAAUCUCAGCCUACAACGCUGGCCCAGGAAACGUCCGCACGUAUGAGAACAUGGACAGAGGCACCACAGGAGAUGAUUAUGCCAAUGAUGUGGUGGCCCGGUCUAAUUGGUUUAAACACAAUGGCUACUGAGCAAUGUUCUCUCUUCGCUCUCUAGCCCCGCAUAACUGCACUGUGUUUGGAACAAGUAUUUUGAAAAGUAUAAAUCACAAUUGCUAGAAGUUUGUACUUAUAAGACAUAUUUAGCAACUUACUGUAUGUAUCUCUCCGAGCAAUGCUGAAUUAAACACUGGUGCUAUGCAAAUGGUACACACCGUUUUGUGAA